CAACAAAUUAUGCGUCAACAACAAAUUAAAGCACGACGAAAACAAAGCUGAAUAGAACACUAUUGUGUGCUUGCGGUCCGAUAUGUUCAUAGCAAAUAUUUCAAAUAUUUUUUCCAUCAAAUCAAUAAUGAUGACUGCUGCUGCUACAAUUACGAUAAUGACCAUUUGUACAGCAGAUCAUCAUUCAUCAUCAUCAUCAAUGUGGUCAGAUAUACAUGAUACAACUGUGAUUAUGGAAAGUGAUCAUCAUAAAGAAAAUAAUUACCAUCAUAAUCAAUCAUCAUCAUCAUCAUUUGGUCAUCAUUUAACGAAUCGAUCAUCAUCAUCAUCAUCAUUAUCAUCAUCAUCAUCAUCAUCACCAUCAUUAUCAUCAUCAUCAUCGUCAACCGAUUCUGUUAUGAUGGUGGUAAAUGAAACUAUUAAAAAAUUAGCCAAAAAAUCAACGACAUCAUCAACAAAUAAUCAUGAUGAAAAUAAUCAUGGAGAACAAUAUUUUUCACAUGAUGUUCAAAUCAUUUGGUCAUUAAUAUUCGGCACAAUGAUAACGGUUGGCCUUUUAGCUAAUCUAUUAGUAUUGGCUACAAUUGGUGGCCAUAAAUCAUUACAUACGGUUACUAAUUGUUUUUUACUCAAUCUAACUGUUUCCGAUUUGGUCACCUUAUUGUUUAAUGCAACAUUUAAUUUUGUUUUUAUGAUCACUGGCCAUUGGCCAUUUGGUCAUCGAUAUUGUGUAGUGAAUAAUUUCAUUACAAAUCUAACUAUUGCAAUAUCGGUAUUUACCAUCAUGUUUACCAGUAAAGAAAGAUACAAUGCAAUUGUAUAUCCACUUGAAAAAAGAAUGACCAAAAAUCGUGCAUUAAUAAACAUUUUGAUCAUAUGGAUAGCUAGCGCCAUCUUUGCUAUACCAGCAUUAAUAUUUUCACGUACAUUACAUGAUACAUCGAUGCAACGUACCGUAUGUUUAAUGGUUUGGCCAGAUGGAUAUCCAGGAAAAUCAAAAUUGGAUUUUUUUUACAAUCUAUUAUUUUUGGUAUUAACUUAUCUAUUACCAUUGAUGACAAUGGCCAUUGCUUAUACAUUGAUGGCUCGUGUACUUUGGGGAAGUAAACAGAUUGGCGAAACAUCACAAGCACAAGCUAGUCUAGUACGUUCGAAACAAAAAGUUGUACGAAUGUUAAUUUGUGUUGUCAUUGUGUUUGCUGUUUGUUGGUUACCUUAUCAUGUAUAUUUUCUCACUACAUAUCAAUGGCCCGAAUUAACAACAGCACGUGGUAUACAGCAUAUAUUUUUGGCCAUCUAUUGGUUGGCCAUGUUUAAUUCGGUGCUUAAUCCAAUCAUAUUAUUGUUAAUGAAUAAACGGUUCCGACGUUAUUCUACAAAAUUCCUUAACUUUUGGCCCCUUAAUCGAGCUUUCAAUAGUGAUGCCGCAUCUUCAUUAACGACUAAUGCUGCUGCUCCUGUUGCACAACAAUUCAAUAAUAAUACAAGUGGUGGUCAACGACCAUCUAACUUGAUAAUGGUGGUUAAAUCACAUAGCCCAAAUUUUAAUCGUACAACAAGUGAAUUACUUGGUGAUGGUGGUGGUGGUGGUUUUGCCGUUAAUCACAUUUCAAAUGAACAGAAUUUGUCUAAUGAAAUAUUACCUAAUCAUCAUAAUUUUUCAUCAUUAUCUUCACCAACUUUAUCGAACAUGGCUGACAACAAUACUACGGUCAAAAAUUCUUUUUACUCUCCCUUAGUAGUACCGGACUAGUUUCAGGAGAAAAAAUCAAAAUAUCCUAUCAUCUUUAAAAUGUUGAGCCAUCCUCAGGAAAAGGAGAUAUUUUUGUAAACUUAAAAUCUGAAAAAUUUGAUUUUUUUUCAAUUUAUUUUUCAAACAAUCAUACAUACACACACACACAAACUGUUACACAAUUACGAAAUUUUUAUUUUUAUUAUUAUUUUUUUUUGUUUUGUUUUCGUUUGCAAUCGUCACUACUACAUAUUAUAUUGUUUAUGGGCAACAAUAAUGUGUGUGUACCCACCACAUCCAUCCAUCCUUUUCAUUCCGCCAAUCCUGAAUAAAAUAAAACCAAAUAAAUUGA